UUUCAUUAAAAAGUGUUUAAAAAUUCCCAUUUGAUGCAGUUAAAAAAAUUCAAGUUAAAAGAGAGUAUUUAGAGUAAAAGAGACAUAACCUAGGUUGUCAACCGCAGCAUUUGUUUAACUCCGCAAGUAAACAAAGAUGCAUAAAUACGAAAAACUGGAGAAAAUCGGCGAAGGCACCUACGGAACAGUGUUCAAGGCAAAAAACCGCGAAUCCCAAGAAAUAGUGGCCUUGAAAAGGGUCAGACUGGACGAUGACGAUGAAGGAGUCCCAUCGUCCGCCCUCAGGGAAAUUUGCCUGCUCAAAGAGCUAAAACACAAGAACAUUGUGCGGCUGUACGAUGUGCUGCACAGCGACAAGAAGCUGACUUUGGUGUUCGAACACUGCGACCAAGAUCUGAAGAAAUACUUCGACAGCUUGAAUGGCGACAUCGACUUGGACAUUGUGAAGUCCUUCAUGUACCAGAUUUUAAGGGGGCUGGCGUUCUGCCACUGCCACAACGUGUUGCAUCGCGAUCUCAAGCCCCAAAACCUGCUGAUCAACAAAAACGGCGAACUGAAACUAGCGGACUUUGGCCUGGCCAGGGCUUUUGGUAUACCAGUUAAGUGCUACUCGGCUGAAGUAGUUACAUUGUGGUACCGGCCCCCCGAUGUGCUUUUUGGGGCCAAAUUGUACACAACUUCAAUCGAUAUGUGGUCGGCAGGAUGCAUUUUCGCCGAGCUUGCCAGUGCUGGUCGCCCUCUGUUCCCUGGCUCGGACGUUGAUGACCAAUUGAGGAGGAUUUUUAAGCUACUCGGGUCUCCCACAGAGGAAACCUGGCCUGGUAUGUCUCAGCUGCCAGACUACAAAGCUUUUCCUACAUAUCAACCCAACAUGAGCUUAUCGCAAGUUGUGCCUAAACUGGGCAGCAGAGGCAGGGAUUUGCUUCAAAGACUGUUAAUGUGCAACCCGAGCGGGCGAAUAUCUGCCGAUGAAGCCAUGCAGCAUUCGUAUUUUAGCGAUUUGAAUCCCACAUUGAAGAGUGAUCGUUGAUAAUGGGUGCAUCAUAUUGAGUGAGCAGUUUUUCGAACAAUGUUCAAGAAAUGCUGCAUAAAUAAGUGUGAAGUAAAAAAGACCACAAAGGCGGUUUUGAGCGAGCAUCUGUAUGAGAAGCCGCUAGAAAAACCGGGGGUUUGUUUAAAUUGAAGUUUAAUAAUUCACCGUGAACGUGGAAGAAGCCGAAAAAUUGUAGUGAAAAGAUCCUAGAAACAUCAACACGUGCAAUUUUGCUGGUCUACUUAUCAUUAGCUGUACUUGUAGGAUAUGGAAAAACAUUUUGGGUUUUGGAUCGAUGGCUGUUUUUUGAUCGGAAGUAACGAAUGUGUUGUAAGGCUUAUUUUAAUUAAAAACUAGAUUGCCAACGGGGCCAAAAAUCGCCAGUUGAGUACAUUAGAAUGUAUUUAUCGAUUGUAUACACUUUUGUGUUAUUUUUUUCUAUAGAUUUUGUGAUAUUUACUUUAGGAUUAUAUCUAGUAUAGAAUAUUUUUUAUUCAUGCUUAAGCAAAAUGUGUUUGGUUCGUGUGACAAUAUUUCGUAAUUUAACUGGUAAUUGCUUUCGUCGGAAAAUCCUAGUUUUUAGAAUCCUUUUUAAUUUAUUAGUCGUUUACAAUUAAACAAAUUUACAAUA